AUGAACAGGCAGUUCGCCUAUCCCAAAGGCUACAGUGCCUACCCUCGUGGAGGAGGCGGGACCUUCUCUAUAUCACCUCAUAGAUUCCAACCACGUUCACAACCAGCGUUACUACGAAGACGACAACUCCUAAUCAAACUACCCGCCAUCGCCGGUCUUUCACUCCUCGUCUUAUUUUUCCUUAUUCCAUCAUGGCGUGCUAUAAUCCUUCCUACACUAUCGUUCGGCUUGUUCUCUACAACGCGCGAUGAUCUCUCGUUAGAAACUGUUCGGUACUACGACCUUUCCGACGUACAGGGUACCGCGAUGGGAUGGCAUCGGGAAGAACGGGUUCUUAUGUGCACUCCGCUACGUGAUGCGCAAUCCCAUCUACCAAUGUUCUUCUCGCACUUGCGCAACUUGACAUACCCACAUCAUCUGAUUGAUUUGGCGUUCCUCGUGUCCGAUUCGAAAGACAAUACCCUGAACUUACUCUCGUCAUUGCUUACCGAGCUUCAGAAUGAUGAGGACCCCAAGAUGCCAUUUGGAGAGAUUUCGGUGAUUGAGAAGGAUUUCGGACAGCAGGUCAAUCAAGAUGUGGAGAGCCGACAUGGUUUUGCUGCGCAGGCCAGUCGACGGAAGUUGAUGGCCCAGGCACGGAACUGGCUUCUCAGUGCCACGUUGCGACCAACGCACAGCUGGGUAUAUUGGCGAGAUGCGGAUGUGGAGACUGCGCCGUUUACCAUCUUGGAGGAUUUGAUGCGGCACAACAAAGAUGUCAUCGUUCCGAAUGUCUGGCGACCGCUUCCCGACUGGCUCGGCGGAGAACAACCAUAUGACCUAAACUCAUGGCAAGAAUCCGAGACGGCCCUUGCCCUGGCGGACAGUCUCGACGAAGACGCUGUCAUUGUAGAAGGUUAUGCAGAGUAUGCGACCUGGAGACCACAUUUGGCCUACCUUAGAGAUCCAUUUGGUGACCCUGAUAUGGAGCUCGAAAUUGAUGGAGUGGGCGGUGUCAGUAUCCUGGCCAAGGCGAAGGUAUUCCGAUCAGGCGUUCAUUUUCCCGCCUUUAGCUUUGAGAAACAUGCAGAAACGGAAGGAUUCGGCAAGAUGGCUAAACGCAUGAAAUACUCCGUCGUUGGUCUCCCGCAUUACACAAUCUGGCAUUUGUACGAGCCCAGCGUUGACGACCUCCGCCAUAUGGAAGAAAUGGAACAAGAGAAAAAACAACGCGAGGCCAAAGAAAAGGCAGAAAAAGCGGAAGCAGAGCGACAGCAAAUACUCAAGGAUCAAUUGAAGGAUUCUACGGAUGAACGGGAAAAGGACGGGAAGCAACAGAUAGACAAAACAGAACAAACAGAGCAGAUGGAGAGAGUGGAAAAGGCACACCCGAAAGCCGCAGCAGGCGAAAAAGUUGAUAGCGGGAUCGAAAACGAAAGGCGACCUGCUAUUCCAGCAAAGGGUGAGAACGAAGCUGCUGAUGCUGGUCCUGUUCCGAAGGACUCAAAAUCUAACACAGAGGAGAAGACUCGACAAGAUUCUUCUAACAACCACAACGAAAAACUACAAGAAUAA